GGCAUGGGCAUGGGGCUGUUCUCGCAGGGCACGAAAGCGGAGAGCGGCGUCUGGGAGCGCUGGUCGGGCGAGAAGCGCAGGGCGCAGGCGGCGGGCCCUGGCGACGCGGAGGCUGCCGCGGCGCGCGGGCGCGCGCCGCCGAGUCUGCCCAAG